AGUAUUUUUCUUCUUUUUUUUUGUAACAUCUCAUGACCACAGUCUUAUAUGUAAAAGUUCACAAUAAUACCGAAAUCAUGAUGGACGGUUAUAAUCCUUCACUUUAUCUUUAGACAAGGAAAGACUUUCCAUAAAAGAGAAGAGGAAUUUAAAACAUAACCUGCUCAGUAAUUGAAAAAUAAAAACUAAUAACAAUCAAAUUAUAAUGCUUAGAAUGAAAUAACCCAAAUUUUUGAUAUAUUAAUUGAUAGUAGUUUAAGUAUAAUAAAUAUUAUUUAAAAUGCCAAGAGCGUCUUCUUUAACUGAACAUUUAAUUAUUGGUACAAUUUUAUCCUCUCUAUUUUUAAUUUUUAAUUAUUCUUUACAUCGAAUAGAGGAAGGUCAUGUCGGAGUUUAUUUUAGGGGUGGAGCUCUUUUACCUUCAGUUAGCUUACCAGGAUAUCACAUGAUGAUUCCCCUGUUAACUAAUUAUAAACCAGUGCAGGUUACCCUACAAACUGAUGAAGUAAAAAAUGUGCCUUGUGGAACAAGUGGAGGUGUUAUGAUUUAUUUUGAUAGAAUUGAAGUUGUUAAUCAUUUAAAUCAAAAUAGUGUAUUAGAUAUAGUGAGGAAUUAUACAGCAGAUUAUGAUAAAACUUUAAUUUUCAAUAAAGUCCAUCACGAACUGAACCAGUUUUGUAGUAUUCACACAUUACAUGAAGUUUAUAUUGAUUUGUUUGACCAAAUAGACGAAAAUUUGAAACAAGCCUUACAGAGAGAUCUACUUGAAAUGGCUCCUGGCUUAACUAUUCAGGCGGUUAGAGUUACCAAACCAAAAAUACCAGAAGUUAUAAGAAAAAAUUAUGAAUUAAUGGAAGGAGAGAAAACUAAGUUGUUAAUAGCCACUCAACAUCAAAAGGUAGUGGAAAAAGAUGCAGAAACUGAGAGGAAGAAAGCUAUAAUUGAAGCUGAAAAGGAAGCACAAGUAGCUAAAAUCCAAUACGAACAGAAAAUAAUGGAAAAAGAAUCUUUGCAAAGGAUUUCCAAAAUCGAAGAUGAAAUGCAUUUAGCUAGACAAAAAAGUCAUGCAGAUGCAGAAUUUUACAAACACAAGCAACAAGCAGAUGUUAAUAAGUUAUUACAUACAUCUGAGUUUAUAGAACUGAAAAAAUACGAGGCGUUGUCACAGAAUACAAAAGUUUAUUUUGGGAAUGAAAUACCACAGACUUUCCUUGGUACCGAAUUUAUUAGAAACGCUCUUGAUGUUGAAAAUUCACAACAAAGUACCAGAUUAUCUGAAGAAAACUGAAUUAAUUAUCCCACUUACAAUUCCUGCCACAUAUUUUUAACAUGAAUGUAUUUUUGAAUUAAAUAAAAAAACAUAAAAAAGAUUUAUACACAUAUAGAAAUUUCGUGUUAAUAUGAAUUAUUUUCCCAAAACUAAAAUUGUAGUUUGAAAAAAAUUUCUCCCCUAAAAAAUUAUUUUAUUUUCUAGUAAACUCGAAUCUGUGACAACGCCGCAAUCGCAGUAACAAACGCGGCUCCGGUUUGAAAAAAAUCAGUAGAAACGCGCAUGUUUAGAUCUUUUUUAAUGAUUAGUCCCUUAGUUCUAUCUUUCUCUAAUCCUAAGAUUUUACAAUGUGCUCUGUUAUUCGGUCUAUAAAAUUGAACAGUAUAAAAUAACUGAUGGAAACAUUGACUUUUACUGUUUUGUGAAUUUUUCUCCUAUAACAUGCCUUUUGGGGUAAAAAAGUAAAAUACCAUUUAAUUUGUUUUUAUUUAUGAUAAAAGUGCAAUUCAGAACUAUUAAUUUACCAACACAUGACUUUAUUGAGAUGUAACAAGUUGGUAAUGAAUUUAGGAUCGUUAUAUUGCGCAUGCGUGAUUAAGAACGCAUUGAGUUUGUUUAUGCGGAAUCGAUGUGACCUUGUGAAUAUAGAAUUGUUUCUAAACAUUCAGAACAAAGGGACUCACGAACAUAGAGUUAAUAUUAAACAUAUAAAGAAGAAGGUAAGGGAGCUUGUUUAAAUGCGGUAGACCUACUGAUAAAGAGAGAAAGAACAUCGGCAAGCCACAUAUUUAAUACUCCUAUUUGAACAGUUCCUAUAAGUGGACAAAGUGAGAUAGUGUAUUGUUCUCUCUCUCUUCAGAGUGUUUUUGUGCGCAUGAAGCAUGAUUAUUAUUUCACUACUGAUAUUUUAGAAAAUUCUCAAUCUUUAGCAGUAUAGAUACAGGGUUUAAAAGAAGAGUGAAAAUAAUGCACCGCAAGUAGGAACAUUCUCUAUAUCUCUCUAUUCGGGUUGGAUUGCUAUGACGUCGAGUUUCGAGUGGUGGGAACGGUAGGAUUUUAAUAACGAGUGAAGAGACAUAGAAAGUGGUAAACCGAUGCUCUUUCUUCAUCUUUCAAUAGUACAAAUCCACUUCUAUGGCGUUCUCUCUCUAUCUUCAAUAAUGACUCUGCCCACGAACGAAAAUUUUUAAAAUGUGCAUGCGAUCGGUCUCUUAAAGUAAUUGGGAAUCAGAACAGCGAACAAAGCUCAUUUUAUAAUUAGUAAGAAGUAUACAUACUUUAUAAUAGAUGUGAGAUAAGUGAACGAAUAUUGUUAUUGUUGAUCUUUAUCUAUACUUACAUUAAAUUUCAAGGGAACAUAAACGGUAAUUUGAUUCAAAUCCACAAUAAAAUCAUAAGUAUUUUACUAUUUACACAAUUUAUGUUAUAGAAUUUAGACAAAAGUUUGUACUUUACACUCGAUGUAUUUAUACUAGAUUUGCAAAUAAAGCAUAAGAUUGAAAA